CGGAACUAACAUGGCGAGAGGCGGUGCGGGUAAUAAAAGAUCCAAUGUAGCUUCGUCAUCUUUCAGACAUUUCCACACCCUCCAGAUGGGUCUCAAGAUGCUGACAUCUCUCAAGUUCUGGGCUGCCGUCCUUGUUGUUGCUUUAGUCCUCGGAUUUUACCAACUAGCGGGCAGAGAAACGUUUUCAGACGUUCUAGCCAAGGAGAAAGAAAUAUCGGCAGCCCAUAUGGGCCACCAGGACUCUCCAGCGGAUCCUAGUAAAACUAAAACUCAUGCUGCAAAAGCCGACGCCAAAGAAGGACUAAAUCUUGUACAAGAUGCCAAGGGACAACAAGAAGAAGUUGAAGAGGACCAGGAUUCAGAGAAAGACGACUCCCAGGAAGUUGAAUAUCACGUAUUGCAGAUGUUCACGAAAGCUGGGAACAAUAGAGGACUGAUAGACAAGUUUAAGUUGUGUUUUAACUCUAUGAUGCAGAAGUCCACAAUCCGGCCUGACAGGGGAGAGAUCCUACAUCUACAUCUUGUCUCAGAUCCGGACAGUAGACCCAUAGCGGAGGGGAUCGUCGGCACAUGGCUACAGAAGGGAUUGUUAAAGGUAAGAUAUGUUAGUAUUAUGGCCUUUCUUCCUUUCCAGUUGUCCUUCCACGACCCCGCCGAGUUGACAGAGACCCUGUACCCCAUUGUGCAGCCGAUGCAGGAAAAGUUCAGCGCCGGAGCCAAGUCCUACUACGGAGACUCCAUAUUCUUCCUGUCCGUCGGGAUGCACCAGGUUUUCCCCGCGGAGACAAAACGUAUCGUUCAGCUGGACUGCGAUCUGAAGUUCCGGUCAGACGUCAGGGAGCUUUUCGAGAUGUUCGACCGUUUCGAGUCGGGGAACGUGAUCGGGAUAGCACAGGAGCAGCAGCCGGUGUACAGGCACACCUUCUGGCAGUACAGGAACGAACACAAAGGUACAAAAGUCGGGGACCCCCCACCCGAUGGCCAGCCUGGGUUCAACAGUGGAGUCCUGCUGCUGGACUUGGACCGGAUGAGGGAGUCAGGUCUCUACAACUCCCUCCUGGAUGGAAAUGUGGUCCGAAACAUGUCGGAGGAGUUUCACUUCAAGGGGCACCUGGGAGAUCAGGACUACUUCACACUCCUCAGCUACAGGUACCCGCAGCUGUUCCACGUGCUCCCCUGCACCUGGAACAGACAGCUCUGCACCUGGUGGAGGGACAAGGGCUACCAGGAGGUGUUCGAUUUCUACAACGACUGUGCAGGCGAAGUCAACAUUUACCACGGGAACUGUAACACACCAAUCCCAGAUGGAUAG